GAUUGGUGCGUCUCGCCUUUCGAUGACAUUCGGACUCUGGAAAUGCCAUUCGGAAGUACCUAUUAGUAGUAUCCCUGUCCUGUUCUCCUCUCCUUUUAUUCAUUCAUUCAUUCCUUCGUCUUCCUUCUUCUCGACUUCAUCUGUCGUUCCCUUCUUGAUCCAUCUCCAUCCCCUUUGUAUCAUCUAUUUUACCUUCUAAACACCCUUCACAAUGGCUUCGGCUGCUAGAACCGCUUCCCGGGCCUUCCUCCGGUCGACCCCUUCCGUCAGACCUGCUGUCCGCAGCACGCGUUUCGCUCUUCCCACUCAGGCCUUCCGUGCUUCCGCCCGUCGCGGUUACGCUUCCGAAGCGGGUGAGGCCAAGUCCAGCAACACCUUCCUCUGGGCUGGUCUCGCUGUUGCUGGUGGUGCUGGUGCAUACUUCUACCUGCAGGGUGGUGAUUCCGUCAGCUCCAAGAACUUCGUCCCCACCAAGGAGGACUACCAGAAGGUGUACGACGAGGUUGCUCAUCGCCUCGCCAACGAGACUGACUAUGACGAUGGCAGCUAUGGACCGGUCCUCGUCCGUCUGGCAUGGCACGCAAGUGGCACCUACGACAAGGAGACUGGUACCGGUGGUAGCAACGGUGCCACCAUGAGAUUCGCCCCCGAGUCCGACCACGGCGCCAACGCUGGUCUCAAGACCGCCCGGGACUUCCUAGAGCCUGUCAAGGCCAAGUUCCCCUGGAUCAGCUACUCCGAUCUCUGGACUCUGGCUGGUUCCUGCGCCAUCCAGGAGCUGGGUGGCCCUACCAUCCCCUGGAGACCCGGCCGCCAGGACAAGGACGUCGCCGCCUGCACCCCUGACGGCCGUCUGCCUGACGCCGCCAAGGACCACCAGCACGUCCGUGACAUCUUCUACCGCAUGGGAUUCAACGACCAGGAGAUCGUGGCUCUGAUCGGUGCCCACGCCCUCGGUCGUGCCCACCCUGACCGCUCUGGUUUCGACGGUCCCUGGAACUUCAGCCCUACUGUCUUCACCAACGAGUUCUUCCGUCUGCUGGUCGAUGAGAAGUGGCAGCCCAGAAAGUGGAACGGCCCUGCCCAGUUCACCGACAAGACCACCGGAACUCUGAUGAUGCUCCCCGCCGACAUGGCCUUCGUCAAGGACAAGGCAUUCAAGAAGCACGUUGAGCGCUAUGCCCGCGACAGCGAUGCCUUCUUCAAGGACUUCGCUGAUGUCUACGUCAAGCUCCUCGAGCUCGGCGUUCCCUUCGAGAGCAAGCCCGAGGAUCGCUUCGUCUUCAAGACCUCCGAGUAAGCGGUCUCCAUGCCCUGAUGUCGCAUCGUUUUUGGUUGGAUUUGGUUACAGCGCACUGUUCC